AUGCCAAAUUUCAUUUUUCCUUUACUUUAUAGGAAUAAGACACUUUACAAUCAUGUAGUUCAGACAAUGCUUGUGAAUGAUGAUAAUGUAGUGACUGGUGGCUAACAUGGAGAAUUAGUAAUUUGGUAAAAGAAUCUAAAUCCAAAAAUUGUGAUUUACCCUAAUCUUUCAAAUGCUUAUGGAAAAUUAUUAACAUUAAAUAUAGUUCGAAUUCCUUUUCUUAACAUUUUAGAUAGAGCAGAAUAAUGUAUACUAGCAAUUCAUGAAGAUAAGAGAAUAAGAAUAUUUGAUUGUCAUGAUGGACGUUGUGUUGGAAUAUCAGCAUAUGAUAGUACAGGAUCAGUAUUAUACUGUAUUCCUUUGAGUUCCAAUAAUUGUAGGUUUUUAAUGUUGGGAAUGUAAAAUGGUUUGAGUCUUUUUGAUCUUUGGAAAAUGAGAAGUGUAAAAUAAUAUGAAUUACAAUUACGUUCAUUUUGUCAAGUUGAUAAUGAUACUGUUUGUAUUUUCGACUAAGAAAAUAUAUUACAUCUUAUUAAUUUAUCAUCUCUUAACAAUUAAAGAUACUUGAAUUAUAAGGAAUACAAAAAAUAUAAAGAAUAAAUCAAAUUAGAUUUUAAAGAGCUUAAAUUAUGUGAUUAAUUAAAAAAACUUAAAAUAGAGGGAAUUUAGAGUAAUCGAAUUAGACACAUGAGUUUUAAUUAAGAUUUUUAACAUUUGACUAUCUUAAUGCAUCGUUAAGUAUACUUGAUUUUUGAAAUAUAUGAAAAACCAUGGAUUUUAUGUGUGAGUUAAUCAAAAAACAAUUAAAAGUUUACUAAAGUAUAUUAUUCUAAGCAAUUCUUUUACAUAACGACUAGAAAUGGAAGUGUACUUGGUUUAGAAUAUAAGGAUAUAAUAUAUUUAUUGUCAAUUUUAAAAGAUUAAUCUGAUUUUGUUUAUGGUUUUAAAGAGUUUUAAUUUACAAAGAUUGCAGGUUCUUAAUUUAGCAGAUUAUAAGUCAAUUUUUAAGAAUUGAUAUCUGGUUCUGAAAAUAAGAAAGAAGUUAAUGGGAUUUUUAUUUUUAAGAAUUUAGUAUACCAAUAUAAAAAUUAAUGUUUAAAUCAAUAUAAUUUAAAUGAUGUGACAUUAGAUAUGUCAUUAAUUCGUAUUAAUUAAGAAGAUUCAGAUAUAAAAUUUAACGGAUUUAAAUGGUCAUUUAAUACAUUUUCUGAUUUAAUUAAGAUUCAAACAUUAAAAUAAGGAUGCAAAUAGAUUGGAGAAUAUUAUUUUAAAUAAUCUUACAAUGAUGAUUUAAUUUGGAAUUUGAGGUAAAUGACUUCAUAAUCAUUUUAAAUUAAAUAUUUACCGUAUGUAAAGAUUGAGACAUAAAUAGCAAGUGCAUUUAUGAGUGUAAAUGAGGAAAGUUAGAUUUAUUGGUUUGGUUGUAAUAAUGGUAUCAUUUAUGGAUUUCCAACUAUUUAUAGCAGUAAAUCCUAUUUUAUUUACAGGAUAAAGAUGGAUAUGAAGGCAGUGAAAUUUAUAUAUUAGAAAGGAAAGUAUUUAAUUGGUAGUUCUGAAAGUGGAUAGUUUAUAAUAAUGGAAUACAGUUUGGUGUUAAAUGAGAAAAUUGGUGAAUAGGAAGUAGAAUUUAUAGAUUUAGAGCCAAAUUAGAGAAUAUACUUUCCAAGUUAUGCAAAGAAGGCUAUAAGAAUUCAUAAAUUGGAGAAUGAAUCAUAUGAAGACAUAUAAGGAAAUAAUUAAUAAUAGAAAUUCUAAAAGAUUGCUAUUUUAAUGGAGAAUAAUGUUAUAUUAAUAAUAAAUUUAUAAGAUGGUGUAGUGUAGUUGAAAUUACAUGGUAUUAAUUAAUAGGUUUAAGGGUUAUAUUAUGAAGAUUAAGGAGAUUAAUGGUUUGUAGUUGUACAAGGUGGAGAAUCAUUGGUAUUUGAUUAUAAGGGUAGAUAUUUAAGAACUUUAAUGAUAGAGUAAUAUCAUACGUUAUUUUAAGUGGAGAAGAAAUUGAAUAAGGUGAAGGAAAAGAUGAUUGGUCAUCAUUAUUUAAGUGAUUUUAAACGAGAAUUCAAUAAAUCCAUAAGUAAAGUUUAUAGAUUGUUGGAGUUUCAAUAAAGGAAUAAUUAUAUUAAAAUGUAAUCACCUUAUCCAAGUUUAUAUGAAGUAGGUGGUUAAUUUAAAUAAUGGUAAUUUGAAGCUGAAUAAGCAUCAAAAAUGUUAUAUUUAAUAGAUCAUAAUUCAAUUAAAAAUAAUAUGAGAAUGUGUAAAUUUGUAGAAACAAGCAUAGGUGAAUUAGAAUGGUGGGAUUUAAAAAAAUAAGGAGAUUAAAAUAAUUAGAAUAGAUUGUUUUCUAUGCUUCAUCCUUGGAAUGCAGAUAUUCAAUUAAGUACAUAAUUAGAGUCGAUAUUGAAGAAUAAGAAACCAACCUUCUCACCUUUAGUUGGUAUAUAAUCAAUGGGUUUUUGUGUUAGUUUUUCAUUUUCUAAAGGAUGGGAUGUUUCAUCUUAUUUUACUACCUAAAGAGCUAUGUCAUUAAUGCAUUAUUAUCUAUCUUAUUUAUCUAAAGAGGCUCCGUUAUUUAAUCAAUUAAUGAUUCAAACUGUUGAAUUACUCACCAAAAAAAAAUAGAUACUUGAUAUAAAUUUUAAAUCUAUGGAUUUAUUCUUGUUGGCUUAAUAUACUAUUGAUGAAUCCAACGAAGUCAUGAAUGCCGCAUGUAAUUUAAUACUGUCAUAAAUUAGAAAAUCUGAUUAAGAUAUGCAAGAAUAUCAUAUAUUAAUUAGAGAACUUCUUGAUUUAAAUAAGGAGUAAUAAGGACACUCUUUCUCCAAUGUUGAGGUCAUAUUACUUAUAUUAGAAUCCUAUUUAGCAGGAAUGUGUUAACAUCUCUAAUAAAAUGAGGAUUAAAAAAGAAGAGUUAUUUAAGGAUUGCAUCUUAAAAAUUGUAUUGUAAAUCCUCAUCUUUGUGCACCUCUUCUUAAAGUCUUUAUUGAUGUCUAAUAACAUUUUAGGAAUUCCUACAAUCCAUCUGAUAUUUUUAAGAAUCUAUUCUUCAUCUUUUUUCAAUAUAAUACUGUUAUAGAUUAUUCAGAAAUACUUACAUAAAGUGCUUAACAAAUCCAGUUAAUCAAUUUAUUAAAAGAAAUCAGUAAAUAAUCAGAUGAUAUGAAAAAAAGAAUGAGAUAACUCACUGUCAAAAGUAUUAUUUAAGUUGCUAUUUCAGCUCCUGCUGAUUUUACUAAAAUUUUAAAUAAAGAUAUUUAGAAUCUAGAAACUCAUUUAUUGUAUCCUUCUUCAAUUAUUGAAAUCAUACGUAAUUACAUUAAAUCUUAACAUAAUAAUAUCCAUAAAUAAUUACCAUUCCUAAUGGAUAUUAUACUCAAAAGUCUGGAUCCAAAUAAUCCCAAUCUACGUAAAGUUUGUCAUAGAUCUGCUACAUAUGCUUUGUAAACUAUUUGUAAAACCUUUAAAUGUAUUUGUUUCCAUCAAUAAACUUAAAAAAUUGCUAUUGGAGAUACUCAAAUCUUAAUAUAUGAUUUGAGAACUGCUGUCAAAUGGAGAGUCUUAGAUGGACAUAAUGGUUAAGUUAAUUGUCUAGAGUUUGAUCACACAGGCAAAUAGUUAGCUAGUUUUAGUAAUACUGAUUGGAAAAUCAAAAUUUGGAAGGUUGGAUCUACAGGGUAUGGAGAUUAACCUAUCUAUUUAGAUUCUUUGGAGCCAUCAUAGGUAUACAAGGAAAACCAAUCAAAGAUAUUUCUGUUAAAUAAUAACCUUUAGAUCAUCCUUUAAUCUAAUGGUCUUAAGAUGAUAGUAGAGUAUUCUUAAUUUCAAAUGGAUAAACCAUUCUAUCAUGUCAAAUAUGA